ACUAGUGUUGUUAAAAUGUUGCUACAGUAAUCAAUCGCUGCAACACUAGUUCCUCACGUGAUCUUCUUGUUUUAUACCUUGUAUCACGCGCGAGUUUUACUGUACAACUCAUAGAAAAUAUUCUAGAAUAGGUCAGACGAACGCGAAGAAUUUGGGAAUGGUGAUCCUUUGGUUUCCAUGGAGAAGUUCCAUGUGAGAAGAGUGGAUCGGAGUGCACACCUUGAAAGUAUCUGAUUAGGUUAUCGUUUCUCAAUUCAUCACGUCGGUGUAACCGUUGUAUAAAGUUUAGGCCUUUAUGUAUCCUUCGAUUUAAAGCAGUUGACACAAUGUAUCAACUAUCAAUAAUUUGAUGGUGUAUCGAGUUCGCCCAAGCAUCCGUAGAGAAUGAACCACAGCAGAAACGUUGAUACGGCGGUAUGGAGCCAGGAUGCUCUGAUGUCUACCAACGUGAGCCUUACAAAUGACAGCAAGCGAAAGAAAAAGAGAAAGCACAAAACAAAAGAUAAAAAGAAGAGUGGUUCGACGAGAAGAGGACCGAGCUCGCCUUCAAACUCCGAUGAUGCAGCAGCAGAUAAACUCACCAACACUGAGCAGCAACAGGUCGUCAAAGGCUCCUCCACACGGUCCAAACCCACCCUGAAGAGCUCCAACAGCAAAAAGACCAAGGCCAGAAGUCUGACCAGCCUCCACAACAAUAAAUCCCAGCGAGAGGCAAUGAAACACAAGGAAACGUUGACAGGGCCAGACGCUGGUACCCACCAAGCCCCACUGUCAUGGGACCAGGCUGGCCAGAACAACCCAGCCAGGGAGAGCCUGAGGUGGGAUGGAGUUUUGGAGGAUCCGGUGGCUGAGGCAGAGAGGAUAGAGGUGUACAAGGCCAACCGGAGGAAACGGUACCUGGCCUCACAGCAGGGGGUGAUGGACUACUUGGGCUUGUUCAAGGGACACAUGGAGAGCAGUAGUGCCAUUACACACAAUAUCUAGGUGGGGCUGUUUUAACAUGAAUAAAUCUAUAGGUUUUAUGUGCAGUACCUUCUCUAUCCUGCAGAUGGCAUAGCAGUCUCAAUCUGAGAUGGAACAUUGUAAUUUCAUUUUUACUCAACUAGUGGCCAUUUAAAAAAACAUAUCCCUAAUUGAGAACCAAAAGAAAAUCCUGAUAAGACUAUUUUGAAUUUGCUUAUGGCAUUGGAGUACAUAUCAAAUAAUUGUAACACUUCUCAAAUCUGAUAUAAAACAGUUGGUCUUUAUUUGAAACAAACACUAUAAAAACAGUGCUUUAAAAGCGAAAUCAUUUUACUUCAAUAAGGCCCUUUGGGUAUCUCAAGACAGUUCAGGUCCUCUAGAUGUGUAUCCUUGUAGGACCUUGAGGGAAGUUACCUGUGUUUGGUAGCCUCAUAGUAAUCUAUUAGGCUACCAAAAGGAGUUUAUUAGCAUCAAAUAAAUGCAUAACUAAAUUAAACCUCUGGAAGCAACCAGAAGAGGAUAGGCAAAGAUUAUGGACAGUCCAUAAGGUGUUAGUAAGAACAAGACUUCACUGUUAGGAAAAUACAAAAA